CAAACCGGUUUGGUUUCGUCAAUAGGAUUCGAACUCGGUACCGCGUGACGAUACAGCUUUCUUCCUCCGAGAAUGGCGCCGCAUGAUCUUCGCCGUCCUUUCAAGCGACGACCUAUCUCCGACCAACAGAAACGCAGAGACCUUUCACUUCUCCGCCAGUCUCAGCACCGCUCCGACGCCCAGCAGCGAGCUCGAAACCUCGCCUCUUCCGUCAUCUCCCUCCAAUCAUCAUCCUCCCCCGAUGCCGACCCGGAAACACUACCCGAACCCAUGCCCGACGUCGACACCGCUGGACACGAAUCGGAAGCCAGUAGCUUUAGCAUUCGCCAAGCUUCGAGUCUGAGAGGACCUGAGGCUCGCAAGUGGUUCGCGAGCCAGCUUAUGUUACCUGAGUGGAUGAUCGACGUUCCUGAGAAUCUAAGCAGAGAUUGGUAUGUGCUAGCGAGACCAGCUGGGAAGCGAUGUUUUGUAGUGUCAACAGAUGGAGUUACCGUUAGCAGGUUACGUAAUGGAUCUGUCUUGCAUCAUUUUCCUUCUGCGUUGCCUGGUGGUGCUAGGAAGAAAGGUGUUUCUGGUCCAGCACAAUCGUAUUCGAUACUAGAUUGUAUAUUUCACGAGGCGGAUCAGACGUAUUACGUGAUUGAUAUGGUUUGUUGGAGGGGUUACUCGCUUUAUGAAUGUACAGCAGAGUUCAGGUUCUUUUGGUUGCAGUCAAAGCUUGAUGAGACUGGUGCUUGUGAUCCGCCUUCUUUUUACCAUAAGUUCAGGUUCAGUGUUGUUCCUUUUUAUAACUGCGACCAAAGCGGACUUCACUCGGCUUAUACGGGAUCAUUACCUUAUGUCAAGGAUGGGUUGUUGUUCUAUAACAAGCAUGCACAUUAUCAUACUGGGAAUACUCCUCUGGUGUUGAUAUGGAAGGAUGAGAGGUGUAGUCAGUAUGUCAUUGAUACAGACAACAAUGGACAAGUUCCAAGCCAACAACAUAUCGUCUUGGAGUUGCAAGAUGAUGGGAAAAUUGUAACAUCAGAUGAUCCACCUGUAGUAGUUAAUUGCUUGAAUGCAGAUUUUGUUAAACAGUCAGGACUGUCUCCAGGAAGCCUUGUUCGAUUUGCCAUAGGCGAUGGAGGGUUGAACUGUGUGGAUGGUAAAUUUGAGAAGGCAGAUUUACAAUAUAUCAGUGUUUCAAAUCGAGCUCGAGCAUUUGCGGAUAGUUAUUCCAAGAUCAUGUUUCAAUAUAUGGCACGACAUUCUCCCCUGAAAGUUGAAGAUCUUGCAUCGAUGAUUUCACAGGAGAACCAACAAGACAAGCUCCCUGAAGUAGAGAUGUCCGAUUGAAGAGAGGAGAGACCUUUGAACAUUGUGUUGUGUGUUUUGUGGAAACCAGAGAGUAUCAUACUUUUUUAAAGAUUUUCAGCUAUUUUUUGGCUUCUCACACACGAUGCUUUGAUUAUAGAUACUUUCCUCCAUGAAAAUGAAAAGAAAAAAAAGCAAAAAUUCAUUACUUGUAGUGAUGACAGGUAUAAAUAUCUAUUAAUGAAUAUUUUUGCAUGAAAA